AUGACAAUAUAGAAAUCGGCCGUUUAAUGGCGACCCCCGUAGCAGACGCAAAUCCAAUCGCACGCAGAUUCCCUUUCUUUGGGCAUCAUUACUUUAACCCUCAGUUUGUGAGUUACGAGGAGACUGGCGAGCCAGCAGUGCUAUACAGUAACGCAGUAUAUUUUACUGUGUCUAGAGACGGUACGCACUACUUCCAUCAGACGUACUCGGGGCAGUUCCUCACAGCUCAGCCUCCAGUUGUCGCCCCUGCGGUAGCCAUGGUGCCCCCCGAGCCUCAAGUAACGCAUGCGCCGACACCCUAUGAGGAUUGUGGGAACGAUUGUAGUGAUUAUGGAGACCAGAACGUAGAAUAUACGCCAACGACAGAGCCACUGACAGACUACAAGUGGGAUGACUCCAAGUGCCAUUUACCCGUCAAGCCUUGCAUGAACCCAUGGAGGACGUUCUAUUCACCCCCUCCGCCUCCUCGGCCCCAUUCCCGUUUCCACCGGUCUCGCCACAGGAGGACCAGGCGAGAUGUUCGUUCAACUGUCGUCCCUAUGUUCCCAGAAGUCUUUGGAAUGGACAACAAAGAAGAGAUGCAUCGGGGAAGAAGUAAUUAAUAAAUCGAUUAACAUGGAAACUUUAGCGGUGCGCGGCAGAAACCUUGUUCACCAAGGAUGGCAUUCGACAAUCCUUGGAUCUGUGGCUGACGUGUUUUACUGUAUCACACGAUACAACAACUAGUUUUGUGUUGCUUGAGGUUAUCGACACUGUGUUGAAGGGCCUGGACAGUGCGCCUGUUGCAGGUAUAAACAAGAAAUCAUUGUGAAACUUGCAAAUGAAUUCCUAUGAUCUCAAUGUAUAUCGACCUAUUCUAAAUGGUUUUUCCCCAAAUAAACACGAGGGCGGUGA